CCAACUACCCACCGAGCACCAUGGCAUAUCGUACUUCCCCCCAACCAGGUCCUUCCUACAACCCUACUUCCCCCUUCCAGCCCACUUUCAAUCCGGCUCCUCAACAGAUGCUCAAGUCAUCCGCUCAGGGACAGAGUCGCACCACUUCUCCUCUCCCUCAGAUCGCUGCCCUCAACCUCGGUCCCCCGGGGUCACUCCAGCCCUCUUCUCAGAUACAGCGCACUAACACUUCUGGCUCUGGUAGUUCCUCUCAGGCUGAGAAAGAUCCCGAUUAUGUCUUUUUCGAUAGGAAACCGGGGCAGUAUGGCGAGCAGACUCAGGGCAAGGCAACCGCCGCCAAAAUGAAGCUAGAGUUGUUCUACAAAGAAACGGUUGAGAACGUCGUGGCCAGAAAGGAUAGAAUGAAGAAGUUGGCGGAAGAACUUGCUAGAGAUCAGUAUACCCCGGAAGCACUCAAACGUCGUCGCAUGCAAGCUUUAGGCUACAAAGAAGCCAACUUCCUACGAUUGAGAAGGACCAGAAUAGGUCUCGACGAUUUCCGCACCGUCAAAGUCAUUGGUAAGGGUGCCUUCGGAGAAGUUCGCUUGGUGCAGAAAGUCGACAGCGCAAAGAUCUUUGCUAUGAAGACUUUGAAGAAGAGCGAAAUGUUCAAGAAGGACCAGCUUGCCCACGUUCGUGCAGAGCGUGACGUGUUGGCAGAAUCGAACUCGCCCUGGGUGGUACAGCUGUAUUAUUCAUUCCAGGACAUGCAGUAUCUGUAUCUGGUGAUGGAAUUUUUGCCAGGCGGGGAUCUCAUGACAAUGUUGAUCAAAUAUGAUACUUUUUCCGAGGAUGUGACGAAGUUCUAUAUGGCCGAGUGUAUUCUAGCUAUUGAGGCUGUUCACAAUCUGGGCUUCAUCCAUCGCGACAUCAAACCUGAUAAUAUCCUCAUAGACGCUACUGGUCACAUUAAGCUGUCUGACUUUGGUCUGUCUACUGGCUUUCACAAGCAACACGAUUCCAUGUACUAUCAACGUCUUUUAGGAGGUGGCAAUUCGAACGCCACCACGAAGACAUCCAACGCUCCCAGAAACAGUGUCAUGGUCAAUGCUAUCAAUCUCACCAUGACGAGUAAACAGGAUAUUGCCACAUGGAAGGCGAAUCGACGCAAGUUGGCCUACUCCACAGUUGGGACACCAGACUAUAUAUCUCCUGAAAUUUUCAUGCAGAAAGGCUACGGCAAAGAGUGCGAUUGGUGGUCUUUGGGUGCAAUCAUGUUUGAAUGUCUUGUCGGUUAUCCACCAUUUUGCUCGGAAAAUGCCCAUGAUGUGUAUAGGAAGAUUUGUAAUUGGCGAGAGCACCUCUUCUUCCCGGAUGAUGUACAUCUCAGCAGAGAGGCAGAAGAUAUAGUCCGAAGGAUGUUGUGUGAAGCCGAGCGUCGUUACACCGUCGAGCAGAUCAAAUCACAUCCCUUCUUCUACGGAGUUGACUGGGCUUCUAUCCGAGAGAUCGACGCUCCUUUUGUUCCUCAUCUCCGCAGCAUCACCGAUACGUCCUAUUUCCCCACCGAUGAGCUGGACCAGGUCCCGGAGAUACCUCAGGGCGCGGAGAUGGGCCCGGAUGCAAAGAAAGAUCUGGCAUUCUUGGGGUAUACGUACCGCCGAUACGAAAUCAUGUCAUGAUUGCAAUCGAAUCGACUCGACUAGCAAUCGUGGGAACGAGGUGCACGAAGAAGCAACGAAGAUUUGCCACAUGUUCAAUGUCACGAUCAUAUACGAAUGACU